AUAUUCCUUCUCUUUUAAUCCAAACAAAAUCCACCUCACUCUUAACCCUAUUUUUCAUUUCCUCUCUCUGUCCCUUUGUGUCCCUAAAUUUCUUCAUAAAACACACUUCAAUGGCCAAAAAACUCAGAAAACUCUUCCCAGAUGAAACAACAACCUCAAACCAAACCCAAACACAAGAUUGCUAUGGCUUAUGUGACCCUGUUUGCCCUUACAACUGUUACACUAACCAAGACUACUUCUUAUCUCCACCACCACCAUUUGUUUCACCUUCAACACAAGUUAACCACAUAUCCUCCUAUUUGAUCAUCCUCGGUACUCUCUUCGCUGUCAUUUUUGUUGUCAUAGGUUUCUACGUGAUCAAACUGAAGUGCUAUGCUGCAUGGUGUGGGUGGAGGCUCAACGGAUCCCUUCCUUCUCAAUCAGACACCACCACGGAGGAGUUUCUCCAUGAGAACCAAGUUGACCACCCCGUGUGGCUCAUUGCCACGGUGGGGUUGCAACAAUCCGUCAUAAACUCCAUCACGGUGUGCAAGUACAAAAGCAACGAAGGGUUGGUUGAAGGAACCGAGUGUUCGGUGUGUUUGAACGAGUUCCAAGAGGAAGAGACCUUGAGACUCUUGCCAAAGUGCAACCAUGCUUUUCACAUCCCUUGUAUCGACACUUGGUUGAGAUCACACACCAAUUGUCCUCUUUGUCGUGCAGGUAUUCUCUCUAACAGUGUUACUUCUGAAGCACCCGUGUCCAAUUUGGAGCAAGAGAAUGCGAAUUUGGGAAGAAAUCAAGACACCCUUAUGGAAAAUUCAAGGAAUGAAGGCUUGUUAAACAGCAGCACCGUUGCAGGGGAAUCAAGUGAAGCACUAGAGUUGGUUGAUGAAUCAAAUUCUAAGGAUCGGGUGCAUGACCAAACUCAGAACCAUCACGUUCUGGAUAUUGAGAUUCACACCGAAAUGCGGUCUGUUUCAACCACAGAAUCUGAAAUCCAUCAUGUUUUUGAUGAUCAUAAGCACGAUGAAACACACUUGCAAGCUGUUAAUCGACGGAAGCAAGAGCAAGAUGUUGAUUACCACCCAAAAACGUGUAAAACAAUGCGUCGUUGUUCCUCUAUUGAAGAGUGUUUACAUUUAAGCCCGGUAUCCAUGAAAAGAUCAUUCUCCUGCAAUGGAAGGAUUCUAACUUCCAGAGGUUGCAUGACUCUAAACCCUAUGCUCCAUUCAUCCCUGUUAGAAUUUUCAAUCUGUUAGAGAUGAACAUAGCCUGCCAUGAGAUACAUAUCCUUCGCAGGUUGGAGGUUGAACACUGACAUGGUGUACACAGCAAAUUGGGAAAGAGAAAGAGAUCAAUUUAAUGAGGUUUGAUUGUGAAGAAUAAAAUGUUAAUUGUAAUUGAAGUUUUAGCAAGUCAUGCGACAUUUGAAAGUAACUACGCUGUGCGCUAUACCACAAAUCACAAUGUUCAACGGCACUGCAGAACAUAACAGGUUUGCUCGCACAAAAGGGAAUGAGGUACUACAUUAAGUGCUCUUUUUUUUGGUUCUACAUUGUGUGUUAGUAAAAGUUUGAUUUUUCUCACAUGAUAUUGUGUUCUGUUAUCAUAGUCCUCCAUAACAAACUGGAUAUGAUAAAGCAAACCAGGUCAUCAUUAUGUAAUUGAAGUGGACCAAAAUAAAUUUGCAUUGAUGUCUCUGAUUACUGUUUUACAAAUGUGCAAAUCAUACGAACAUAAGAAGAAAGCAAAGUUUUAAAUUGUAAA